AAGAAACACAAAAUUUAAUAUUAUUGGUGUGUGAGAGAUGUCUCAAUUUAAUUUUGUAAGCGAUCUACAAAAUGCCCUAAUCCUGGACGGCGAGACGCGUGGUCCUGCGCCCCGCUGGAAGAAGAAGCUGGAGGCAUCGCUCAAUGGCACCGCGAACACUACUCGAUCAGUGCUCUCCGUGUCGUACAACACCAGCUUCUCGGGCGUUCAGGCGUCAACCAAAACGCCAGGCAAAAGCACCGAAGCGGCCAAGGGCAAAAAGUCGACAACAACUCCAACAAAGACUCCGGGCGGCGGUGAUCGUUUUAUACCAAAUCGUGCAGCUACUAAUUUUGAGCUGGCACACUUCCAUUUCGCCCAGGGCAACAAGGAGACAGGCGAUAAAUCAGAUGAGGAGAACGACGAUCAGCAGCCCACAAGCAGCAGCAACACUAAUAACAACAACAACGAGAAUAAUGUCAAGGCAUCGGCCCAUAAGAGCGAACGUAAGAAACUCAUCGCCGAAGUCGCCCAGCUUGGCGAAAAUAAUGGUGGACGCAUUCUGUGCUAUCAGAAUAAGGCGCCCGCUGCACCCGAAUCUCAUACAAAUCCCUUAAAGGUUGUCUACUCAAUCAAGACGCCCAUUUCGACAAAGAGCGGUUCACGUUACAUUCCGACCACAUCCGAACGCAUACUCGAUGCUCCAGAUUUUAUUAAUGACUACUAUCUGAAUCUGAUGGACUGGAGCGCGGAUAAUAUUGUGGCUGUUGCUUUGGGGAAUUGCGUUUAUCUGUGGAAUGCGGCCAGCGGCAACAUUGAACAGCUGAAGGAGUACGAGGAGGGUGACUAUGCAUGCUCUCUCUCCUGGAUACAAGAGGGACAGAUCCUGGCCAUUGGCAACAGCACUGGCGCCGUCGAGCUGUGGGACUGCUCAAAGGUGAAGCGUCUUCGUGUCAUGGAUGGACACAGUGCUCGUGUUGGCUCUUUGGCCUGGAACUCGUAUCUGGUGUCGUCGGGGAGCCGUGACGGCACCAUUAUACAUCACGAUGUACGAUCGCGUGAACACAAGAUAUCUUCACUCACAGGCCACGCUCAAGAGGUGUGCGGCCUAAAGUGGUCCACCGAUUUCAAGUACUUGGCCAGCGGUGGCAAUGAUAAUCUGGUUAACGUGUGGUCGCUGGCCAGCAGUGGCGUCGGCACUGCUACAGAGCCACUGCACAAAUUCAACGAGCAUCAAGCGGCGGUGCGCGCCUUGGCCUGGUGCCCGUGGCAAGCCAACACCUUGGCCUCCGGCGGCGGCACCGCAGAUCGUUGCAUUAAAUUCUGGAAUGUGUGCAACGGUUCGCUAAUCAAAUCGGUCGACUCCAAGUCGCAGGUGUGCGCCUUACUCUUCUCACGCCACUACAAGGAACUGAUAUCGGCGCAUGGAUUUGCCAAUAAUCAGCUAACCAUUUGGAAGUACCCCACGAUGGUGAAACAGGCCGAUCUGAUCGGACACACAUCGCGUGUCCUGCAAAUGGCAAUUUCGCCCGAUGGCAGCACAGUGAUCAGUGCCGGCGCCGACGAAACGCUGCGACUAUGGAACUGCUUUACGCCCGAUCCCCUAGCAUCCAAAAAGGUGGCCACCGCUACUAGCAAUGCCAAGAAGAGCGUGUUUCGCCAGAGCAUACGCUAGAUGAUGCUAGAUGCCUGAAAUUAUGACUGCAACUCUCUCAUGUAACUCGGACUGUUUUUUAAUUAAAUGAAAAAUUAUGUGUUAGUCUUAAGUACAAUUUUGUAGUGGCCAGUUGAGGUUUGUCUUUUAAUAACUUGAUGUAUUUCGAUUUUAAGUUUUGUGCAUUCAAUAUGUAUUAUGUAUUUCAUAGGUUUAUGAUAUGAUAUGUACGUGGUGUGUAUAAAUAAAAUGCUUGCCAUACUGCAACCUUAUACGCUUUA